AUGAAGUUUGGCAAAAACCUAGCCUGUCUAUCGAUUCCGGAGUGGAAGGUAUACAACCUAGAUUACAAUGACUUGAAGGCGUCCAUUAGAGAUAUCACUGCCCAGCAGGGUGCUGGCUCGCUAACCGACCUCCACCAUAAGUUUAUUGAAAAUUUCGAUUACAUCAACUUGUUUUUGGUUACCAAGACCGGUGAGCUUCAACGGAAGCUUAAGAUUUAUAAAACCGACUUUGAACUUGCCCUUCAGUCAACUACCGAUGACGUUGCGACAAAGUACCAUAAACUCGUCCCGUUCCAUUACCACAUCAUCAAUGACAUUUCUGUGACCGUCAAGAAGCUUACCAAGUACAUUUUGGUCCAGAAGAUUGCCUUGAAGAAGAUUUUCAAAAAACUCACUAAGCAUUACCCUGAUCAGGCCAAGUCCAAGAAGUUCAUUGCAUCGCUCUCGCAUUACCUCCACUCCAACCCACGUUCCUUCGUCAAUUUUGACUUGUCUCCGCUCACUUCUCAGAUUACUCAGCUUCUAGAUGAAAUUGAGCGGGAGUCUAAAAGUAUGCAUUUGUCCUUGCACCGCAAGUUCGCCACACCUCAUGGCCAACUCAAGAAGUCUCCAUCAUAUACUACUGUCGACUCCAAUUGCGGCUCACUUCCAUCUGAAGAGUCUUCGCUUUACGAAAGUCUUCAUGUUGAUUACAAUGUCGACCAGCUUGCCAAGUUUGAUCUUGUCAGCGUUCUUAAGAAGAACUUUGCAUUGUGCUCGUUGCUUCCCAAAGAUACAACCUCCAAGAAUGAGUUGGCUCUCUGCAUCGAUGUGUUUUUGAAUCUCCAGAAACUCAAGGGCUCAACUAAGGUAUCUGUCCUUUAUUUGACCCUGGGUCCUGAUGAGCCUAAUCCUUCCUACAUCGUUUCUCAUGAGAACCAACCAUCGUCUGUUCUCAUUGCCCAUACCGGUGGUUUGAGAAAGUACUCGUAUUGCUGCCUUCCGAAUCACGUUGUCGAAGGCCUUCUUCAAUACAUGCUUGCAGAAGAUGAACCAACUCAAAUCAAGGCUGAAAAUCUCUUGACUGAGUAUCUCGUCUCUCACGAAGUGACGCCAAUGACCAAGCUUACCAUAAAUGCUUUGGUUUCAAACAAUCUUCUGCCUUCUUUGAAGUAUGUGUGUGACAGAUCAAGGUAUUUCUUGCAUAAGAAUGCUAGUCAACAUAAUGACUUGUCGGCUCACGAGUUUGAUUCAGCGUCCGUCUCUCCUUUGACCAAUGGAAGCGAUGUCUACCCUGAUACUUCGAAUGCUACGUCUACUGUCGAGACCAGAGACUACGAAGACAGUUUCUACAUGCUUCAUGACGAAAAUAUCUUCACAUCUCAAGAUAUCGACCAUCACAUUCUGUUUGACACAGACCGCAUGGACCCAUUUCCUUUCAAUAAGUUUAGCAUCCACAGCAAUGGCACUAAUUUGUACAAUUUCCAGCAGUCUCUUACGACGACUAUUACAGGCAAUCAACUCCAGAAUAAGUACAGGCCAAUCACGCUUAAGAAGUUGCCUGUCAAGGUACAGAACUUCUUGCUCAAUUCGUUAGUCCACCCAUUCAAAGAUUUCAGUAUCUACGAUUACAUGAGAUCUUGCUACUUGAACUACAUUCCAACAGAGCAGAACAAUCAUUAUCUGAGGAUCUUGGACCUUAACUUGUUGAAGAAUUAUGAAUCAGUUGAGUAUGUUAACAAUCAAAACACAUUUGACGAGAGCUUGAUUCAAGAUAAGUCUAGGGUUAUUCUCAGCAGACAAAAGUCCUACACUUCGAUGCAGAAUAUCUAUAGCCCCAAAACAAGUGGAGGCCUGCCCAAAUUGAAGGACACGGAUAAUGAGGUCAUUCAUAACGUCAAGUCUUUCCAGCUGUUUGAUCCUGACUACAUCGACCGUAUGAAUGAUUUGAAUGCUCUUGACAACUUUGGUGAUGAUGACGACGAGAACUAUUACUGGUACCUUCAGAAUAGUGGUGAUCUCGAUGACUCUUUCUUGAACAAUGUCAUUUUGUCAUUUAUCAGAUCCAGGAUGAAACUUGUCAAGUCAUUCCGUGUGCUUAGAAGGCUUUCAUACUCCUCCAGGGAGAAGGGACUUUUGGAUUCAGAAAAUGGCUACGUCUCCAAAUACGACUCUCUUGAUGAGGAGCCACUGUACUUUAACGACGAGAACGAUUUCCAAGUGAGGUUUGUCCAUGAUUACGAUACAACCUUAUCUUUCAUUUAUUUCACCUUGUGUUUUACAUCCCUAUUCAUUUCCGGCAUUAACUUCGGCAUUAUCUUUGGAAUCCUCAAGCUUCAACAGGAGGAUAUCCAGCUUAGUGACGCCAACAAUGUGUUUGUUUUUAUUAUGCUAGUGUUUGGCUUCAUCUUUGCCCUAAUUUUUAGCAUGGUUAGUAUUAACCUUAAUCUCCAGCGACUCCAGCAUUCGCCAGCGACCCAUUCGGGUAUUAUUUGGACUGGUUUUAUCGUUGUGACAGCGUCCGUCAUGUGGACUAUUGUCAUGAUCUUUACAUAG